UAUUUAAUCAUGAUAGCUGCUUAAUAACUCAAGUUUGACAUCGAUCGAAAACGCAAUAGUAAUAAAAUUUUCAGUUUGUCAAAUCUUUAAUUUUAACCAAUCGCAUACGUAGCUCAUAUCUAAAAAAAAAAAAAACAUACACGUACGCAACCCUCCGAAAAUUCUAUCAAACGCGCGCAGCUCCUUCGUCAGCCUCGUCGCCGGCGUUUUCCUAUACCACAUGCUAAGGUUUAUUUCCACAUCAUAAGACCAUCAUGAAAACCGCGAAAAUCAGAGCGGCUGGCGACGGCCGAUAAGUCGCUAUAAUGGAGAUAAAUCGAAAAGUGCAUCGGCUCGUGAAACAGCGCGCUAUCCAGACCAACCUUCAUGUUGCCCCCCAUGAAAAAGCUUCUGCGCAAGGACGAGCUCCAGCGGCUAUAAAAGCCCGCACGAAACUCAUUCGCUUUCCAGUCACGUUUAGAACGGCCUUUCAAGUGACAAAAAAAAAAGAAAAAUUAAGAAAAAAUUCUCGAACUAUUUGAAUUACGUGCUUAUCAAGUCGACGGAAAGAGAGAGAGAGGGGGAAGGAGGAGAGAGAGAGAGAGAGAGAGAGAGAGAGAGAGCGAAAAAAGAGAAACGUGCAAUUUUUGGAAUUCAAAAGAGAUUCGUUUUGAGUAAAUAGAUCGAGAAAUGUAGAUCGUCCAAAAUAUCGCAUGAUCACCAUCGUAGUGGUCUAUCUCAGCCUCUUCCUGGAUAAUGUCCUGUUGACGGUAGUCGUGCCGAUUAUCCCCGAUUACCUGUGCACGCUCGACGCGAAUACGACCUCGAACAUCGAAGAGGACGAAAACGGUCGAGUGGGAUUAUUGCUAAGCUCAAAGGCUCUGGUCCAAUUAAUUUUGAAUCCGGCCGUGGGCAUUCUCACCGGUACUCUAGGCUAUGCCAGACCUCUGUUCCUGGGAAAUCUCAGCCUCUUGCUGGCUGCUCUACUAUUCGCUUUUGGACAAACAUACGAAAUAUUAUUCUUGGCCCGGAGCAUUCAAGGUAUAGCUUCAGCGUGUAUAGCAGUUUCCGGCAUGUCAUUGGUCGCCUCUCAAUACUCGGAGGAAGAUGAAAGAUCUAAAAUCAUGGGUUUCGUUCUUGGUAGCAUCGCCUUAGGCGUUCUUUUAGGCUAUCCGAUCGGUUCCGUGCUCUACGAUCUCGAAGGAAAAAUGGCACCAUUUCUAUUGGUAUCCAGUCUCAUUAUUAUACUAAUUUGUCUGCAAAUUUUAACAUUAGAUGUUCAAACAAACAUCGAGACAAGCAAGCAGCAACCUACUUGGUUACAUUUAUUAUCUAAUCCACACAUCCUCAUUAUCUCCGGUGCAAUUUGGUGCUCAACUUCGCCGAUGGCGAUACUAGAGCCUUGCUUGCCAAUUUGGCUUCGGACUCACAUAAAACCUAAGAAAUGGCAACUAGGUACAGUAUUUAUACCAGACAGCGUGGGUUAUUUAAUCGGGACCAACUUCUUCGGCGUAAUAGCGUAUCGUUACGGGCGCAGCAAAGUGGCGAUCCUGGCUAUGUUCGUGGUUGGCGUUAGCGCCAUUCUAAUCCCGUUGGCGAACACAAUGUCGCAGUUGAUAUUCCCUCAUCUGGGAAUGGGUCUGGGCAUCGGCGUCGCGGAUGCAGCUCUAGUACCAUUACUAGCCAGCUUAGUAGAUCGAAAUGGCAAUUAUGGACCCGUUUAUUCGAUCCAACAAGUGGCUGUCAGUUUGGCUUACUCCUUAGGACCCAUCACAGGCGGCGAAAUGGUUAAAGCCAUUGGAUUCCCAUGGGUUAUGCGAAUCGUGGGCAUCGUGAACGUGGCGUAUUGUCCGUUGUUAAUAUAUCUCACGUUGGAACGGAGAAAGUUGUUGGCGAAGAAAGAGGAAAAGAAGGAUUACGAAACGUUUCAACAAUCCAUCACACCCUACGAAAGAUUUCAUGAUUCCGACGAAGAUCUUUGACAAUAAAUAAUUCACUUUAGCAACAAUCACAA